AUGGCCGGCUGCUCCCCCGUUCUCCACCUCUGGCUCUUGCUCCAAGCUGCCUGCCUCUGCCUGGCCCAGAUUCGAGGGCCGCCGGGAGAGCCCGGCCCGCGAGGACCCCCCGGUCCCCCAGGAGUGCCGGGAGUGGAUGGCAUUGACGGUGACAAAGGCUCUGCUGGAGUCCCCGGGUCGCCGGGUGCCAAGGGGGAGCCUGGAGCCCCUGGUCCAGACGGGCCCCCAGGGAAGCCAGGCAUCGACGGCUUGACAGGAGCGAAAGGGGAGCCAGGGCCCAUCGGCGGGCCAGGACUUAAGGGCCAGCCUGGACUCCCAGGGCCACCGGGGCUCCCUGGUCCUUCGCUGCCAGGACCACCCGGGCUUCCAGGCCAGGUUGGGCUUCCCGGAGAGAUCGGAGCGCUGGGACCCAAGGGUGACCCUGGACCCGAUGGCCCGCGGGGUCCCCCAGGCCCUCCAGGGAAACCUGGCCCCCCAGGACACAUCCAAGGACUGGAAGGCAGCGCUGAUUUCUUGUGCCCGACCAGCUGCCCACCAGGUCCCAAGGGCCCCCAGGGACUGCAGGGACUGAAGGGACACAGAGGCCGCCCCGGCGCCCUCGGGGAGCCCGGCAGGCAGGGCAGGCAGGGCCCUAAGGGUGACGUUGGCAUCUCUGGAGAACAAGGUGUCCCAGGCCCUCCGGGACCGCAGGGCCUGAGGGGUUACCCCGGGAUGGCAGGACCCAAGGGUGAGACGGGUCCUGCUGGUUACAAGGGGAUGGUCGGGACCAUCGGAGCGGCCGGGCGGCCGGGCAGGGAAGGCCCCAAGGGACCACCUGGGGACGCCGGUGAGAAGGGAGAUCUGGGUGGCCGUGGCAUCAGGGGCCCCCAAGGAGACAUCGGCCCCAAGGGGGAGAAUGGUCUCCCGGGCAUCGAUGGUAAAGAUGGCACCCCGGGUAUCCCAGGCGUGAAGGGUGGUGUGGGACAGGCCGGCCGCCCAGGGACACCGGGACACCGGGGACAAGCUGGCUUGCCAGGCCAGCCGGGAAGCAAAGGUGGCCCAGGAGACAAGGGUGAAGUGGGUGCUCGGGGCCAGCCCGGUGUCACCGGUGCCCCGGGCAGAUCGUAAGGUGAGCCUGGACCUCGGGGUGAGCAGGGACCGCAGGGUGUCCCCGGGAUGAAGGGCGACCGGGGCGAGCGUGGCCUCGUGGGCCCCCCCGGCGAGCAGGGGAAAGCGGGGCCAAAGGGCGAGCAGGGUCCACCAGGGAUCCCAGGACCCCAAGGCUUGCCGGGAGUCAAAGGAGACAAGGGCUCCCCAGGGAAAACUGGCCCCAAAGGCGGUACUGGAGACCCCGGCGUUCAUGGCCUCGCGGGGCUGAAGGGAGAGAAGGGUGAAUCGGGUGAGCCAGGGCCAAAGGGACAGCAAGGCAUCCAGGGCGAGCUCGGCUUCCCCGGCCCCUCGGGGGAUGCAGGCGCACCCGGCGUGCAAGGCUACCCGGGACCCCCUGGCCCACGAGGACUCGUCGGGGAGCGCGGCGUGCCAGGGAUGCCCGGCCAGCGGGGCGUAGCGGGCCGGGACGCUGGGGACCAGCACAUCGUUGACGUGGUCCUGAAGAUGCUGCAAGAGCAGCUGGCGGAGGUGGCGGUCAGCGCCAAGAGAGCUGCCCUGGGUGGAGUCGGUGCCAUGGGACCCCCCGGACCCCCCGGUCCCCCAGGGCCACCCGGUGAGCAGGGCCCGCACGGACCCAUGGGACCUCGAGGUGUCCCUGGCAUCCUGGGUGCUGCCGGGCAGAUCGGCAACAUAGGACCUAAAGGGAAGCGAGGCGAGAAGGGUGAGCGGGGAGAAGCUGGCCGCGGCCACCCGGGCAUGCCGGGUCCCCCGGGGAUCCCAGGUCUCCCUGGUAUCCCCGGCCACGCGCUCGACGGCAAGGCCGGAGAAAGGGGCUUGCCGGGCUCCCCGGGAGAGGCUGGCCGGCCGGGCUUGCCCGGUCCCGCUGGCCUGCCAGGAUUUUGUGAGCCGGCCGCCUGCCUGGGAGCCUCGGCGUACGCCGCCGCACGCCUGACGGAGCCAGGGGCCGUCAAGGGACCUGUCUACUGAGGAGGCACCGGCACCGCAGCAGACCUGGCCGGCAAAACCGUGCCGGGGCUGGCAGCAAGGAGACCAGAAAACUGCAAAUCCGUAGGG